UGUUUUGUUUAUUUACAGGAAUAAAUCAAACAAGACUUUUUUGUGACAGGGGUUCAAGGCGACGAGUCCUGAAACCAUCAUAGGGACUCUUUAUUGUCAAAAGGCCUCCAUAACAUGACGUCAUAACACCAUCGCCAUGGAAACAUUCCAUACUCUUGCGGUGCUAACCAUAGCGUUCUGUGGUGUUGUAAUUCUUGGAGCUACGAAAGAGUUUGAGGUCACGUGGUAUGACGGCAGAGAACAUGUUUAUCGUUACAAUUGGACAAAUUAUGGAGACUGUUUGUUCACGUCCAGCCCGGAUAUACUUAAGUGUAUGGGGAGUUACACAUACAAAUCAAUCAGCGCCAUCUGGAAAUAUGACCCGGAUGUAAUUCACUAUGUCUCCGUUAGGUGUCAGCAGCAGGAAUAUUUUGCAGAUCAUCGCCACGUGUGUAUCUGUAAGAACGGCACAAGCGCCGCCAAUCCAACGUCAUCAAGACAACAUGAUAAGUUUUACUUUUGCCAAGUGACAAAACUUUCCGCCAACACGUUUAGAGAUCUGACUUACUUGGAGACACUUGAUUUGUCCGAUAAUUCAAUAACAAAGAUCGAAGGUGAAUCCCUUAAGGGAGUUACCGGCCUCAGAUAUCUGGACAUGGGACGGAACCCUGUGGAGUCACUUCCGGACGGAUUGUUAUGUGACGUCCCAGCUCUGGAAGUGCUGUCUUUGGAGAACACCCGUUUGACGUCAUUUCCGGCGUACAUAUUUGAUUGUGGGCAGACUUUCCCAAAUCUCACGUAUAUUGAUUUGAGUGAAGGUGUGAUUGUAUCUAUUGCAACUGACUCUUUAAAAAAUCUACAAAAUCUGAAAUCACUGAAUCUAAGUUGCAAUUUAUUGUCUCAUAUUCCACCUCGAACAUUUGUGACAUCUAAAAGUCUAGAAUACCUCGAUCUGUCGCGCAACGAAUUUGUUUCCUUCCCAAAAGGAAUUUGUGAAUUUGCCAACUCUUUGAAACAUUUAAGACUUUACGAGAAUCAUUUCAAAAUUCUAAACAUGACAAAUUUUCAGGAAUGUACGAAUGUUACAUAUCUGGACUUCUCAUCCAAUCAGAUCCGGAAAAUCAUUGGAGCUGUCAACAAAGUGAUGUCGACAGAACAUCUAAACUUAUCUCUAAAUUUUAUUCAAUCUAUCGAUGACGACGUUUUCGGAAAUUUUUUUAAACUUUCAGAUUUGAAUUUGGCUAAAAAUGAAAUCGCCAUGAUUUCCCAGCAUGCAUUUCAGGGACCGUCUUCUUUACAAAUAUUGAAUCUAUCCGGAAAUAAGCUUUUCAACACCUCCGCUCUGACAUUAGUUUUCCGUCAUUUGGAAAAUCUCACCGAGCUGUCGUUACUGGGGAACUCUUUGCAAAGUCUACCAAAUGGAAUGUUUGAAACCAUGGCAAAACUUAAAACACUUGAUCUAUCCCAGAAUUCCAUGAAAUCUCUUACGAGCCAGGCGUUUAGAGGGCUUGUGUCUUUGACAUGUCUUCGGCUUAAUUCUAACCUCAUAAUGGACCUUCCAGCAGACGUUUUCCAGAAUCUUCGAUUGUUGAAAUAUCUAGAUUUAUCCGAUAACCACCUCAUGCACUUUGACGACAUGUUGCUUCCCGAGAUGACAUUGACCUUUAACCUCAGUGACAACAAGCUUUUGAACUUUCCAAAUUCGUUCGGCCAUAUAAACGUUUCGAUGCUUGAUCUUCGAGCCAAUAACAUAGUAACUUUGACCAGCAUGUCUACGAUGUUUUUAGAAUCUUUGACCUACCUCGACCUGAGCCUAAACCAAAUCUCGGUGAUCGAUGAUGGGACCUUUGAAGGACUUAGCAAUUUGGAAGUGUUGAAUUUAAAGCGCAACCAACUCCUUUUGAAUUUGAGUUUGGAUGUUUUUCGAGGAGCACAGAAUCUGAUUGACCUUGACCUUUCUUAUAAUAACUUGACCAGUGUUGACUUCAUGUUUUCAUUCAAUACUUUGGAUACGGUCAAAACACUGCGACUGGACCAUAACCCUAUCGAUACAGUGACUGACAUGACAAAUAAGGCUUCCAAUAGGUCGAGUCCGACGCUUCAAACACUCGUACUGUCGUCUUGUAAUAUCAGAAACAUUUCUAAAUAUGCUUUUAAAGGUCUCAGGAACCUCGGAAGCAUCGACCUGUCCAACAAUCUUGUUCAAGAGAUCGAGCCGUUGGAAACGAAAGUCGGAACUCAAUUCAACCUUCUUGGAAACCCACUAAUCUGCACGUGCGUUAUGAAUUGGUUGGCUAACCCGUACGUCACGGUUGAAGGAAACACGCUUCACACACAUGACUACAAUGUUGACACUUGUGAAGUGUUUCCAAAAGGCUACAAUGUCUCCCUCCGGAAAGUUUCAAAGGAAGACUACCUGUGUAGGGUGGAAACCGGAUGUGAUACAAACUGUGAGUGUUUUUCUCGCGAGAGAUACGGGCCGAUAGUGACUAUGCAAUGUUCGGGUUUAGAUCAACCCCCGGCAACCAUACCGCUGUCGACUGUCGAUCUUUUCAUGGACGGAAAUAAAUUUAAUAUCCUCAGCGCCACGUUUGGUGGAACGAAUUCAUUGCUGGUGGAGACCUUCUAUCUAAAUAUCAGCGGAGUGAGCGAGAUAACCACAGAUGUAUUUGUAAAUUUGAAAUUGUUGAAAAUUUUAGACUUGUCUAACAAUAGAAUUGCCGAUCUUUUGCCAUUAACAUUUCAAUAUCAGAGUGAGUUACGAUAUUUAAACUUAUCAAAUAAUUUUCUUACAACUUUAGUUCACGACACUUUUAAAGGUUUGAGCGAAUUGCGUAGUCUUGAUUUGACAAACAACGAGUUCCAAACGAUGGACGCUCUGUCUACUACAGAACUAUCAAGAUUUCAAAACGCUUUCUAUGUUUUACUCGGUAAAAACCCGUAUUCCUGCGAUUGUUCAAAUACAAACUUCCGGCAAUGGCUGACUGCGUAUUCCAACCGUGUCCAUGACAAGAAAGAUAUUCGAUGUGACGGCGAUGGACGCGAGAUGAAGUUAGUUUCUCAAGAACAGUUUAAAUGUUUGGGUUUGGAGAGCACUUCCGGUGGGGGAAGAUCAUCUGUAAUUAUUGCUGCCAUAGUAACAGUAGUUAUAUUAGUGGUGUUGGGAGCCGCCAUGUUUUAUUACAAACGAGAUUUGUUAGCAGUGUUAUAUACGAAGCUGCACUUCGGGUGCUUGAGACCGGAAGCUGACGACUCCAAACAAAGCGAUGCCUUCAUCGUCUACAAUACAAACGAUUCUAAAUGUAAUGAGUGGGUGAGACUCAUGUUCAUGCAAAAGCUUGGAAGGAAGCGGAACUACAAGUUUGUUUUCCCUGACCGCGUGCAGCUACUUCAAAGCGUGCACGUGGCGGACAAUGAUAGCCAACAACCAUAUGAUUGCAAGUGUGCGGUGUUUGUGGUCAGUUACAGCUUCAUGAACAGUAACUGGGCAGCAGAUUGCUUCCGAAAGGCAUGGAGUUAUUCUAAGGAGAAUAAAAAGUUCCGAGUGAUCCUUGUAAUAUUUGGAGACAUCGAUAACGGUUCACUUCUACCGGAAAUGAACCAGAUGCUCCGGAAAGGAGAAUACAUCACAGCUAGGUCAAGAGCUGUUUGGGAUAGACUUAUUUACGAACUUCCGGAUCCGCAAGGCGGAAGUAGAGUCAACCACGAGGACGACGUUUCUGAGUCUGACGUCAUAUUAUACAACGCACAAAAGUAUCAGACACUUGACGACACAGACAUAGUAAUCGGGACUUGAUAUAUUUUUAGAAUUUAUCAAGAAUUUUACACGUUUACGCACAUGGAACAUCCAAAAUCAACUUGAUACUGUGUUUUGCUCGCUUUUAGUCAGUUUCGACUUAAAAUCGUUAGUUGGCAUUCGGCUACCCUGUGCUGAAUUCGAUACACUUGAUUGGUGUCGCAACAACUCGAGGAAUAUCCAACAAUCCUCAAUCAUGGAUUCAGUAGAUUAUUAAAAUGUUUCAAUGAGAUGUUUUGAAUUUUUUCACCGACAGUUACCGAAUCAGCUAAGAUGUGCCGGAUACAACAAAUUUAGCCAUUGUAAAAUACAACCCAGUCGUGACAACGGAGAAUCAAGGCAACUCUGUCAUAAAAUCUAUGUACUAAUAAGCAUUGUGAAUAUGUGAAUAGAUUGAAUGUAUAAAUUUACAUGUGAACCUUAUGGAAAUAUCCAUCAUUUAUGAGAAAUUCAGAGACAACAUUUACUGAAGAAAUAUGUUUACUCCUUGUGAAGCUGAGAACGGUAAAUAUUGCUUGUCUGACGUCAUACCACGUGAGCUUUCUUGUUACUAACAUUCAUUCCUAAUUAAGCUUUUUCCCUUCAAUUGAAUCGAAUGACGAUAAAGAUAUUAGAUAUCGA